AUGGAAGCGCUAAAAACUACUGGUUUAUCUUUCACUGGCAUGUUCGAGCAGGAAAAAAUUGACAACACCGGCGAGCACAGGGACUCAGACAGCGGCGGGGACAGUGGCUACCAAAGCGAGAAGAGGAGUGAGGGCGACCCCAACGACCACGUGGACGGGGCCCGCCAACGCUACCAAAGACAUUAUUCCGAGUCGGACGAGGACAGUUUUAAACGGCUGACGGAGGAGAAGUGGAGCUUCUUCCACUCGUCUCGCGCCCACGUGCACAGAUCCUCCUGCGUGGCCACCGAGGUGGAGCGACUCAGCUCCCUGCUGCAGAAGCGCAUCGGCCAGUCCAUCCUGGGAAAGGUCCACCUGGCCAUGGUGCGCUACCACGAGGGUGGGCGUUUCUGCGAGAAGGAUGAGCAGUGGGAUCAGGACUCGGCCAUGUUACACCUGGAGCGAGCCGCCCAGUGCGGGGAGCUGGAGGCCAUCGUGGUCUUGGGUCAAUGCUGCCUGCAGCUGCCGCACCACAUCCUGCCCAACGUGGAGCUGGAGGACAACGCGGGAAACCGGAUGAAAGGAUUCAAGUAUCUGCUGCAGGCCGCGGAAGCCGGUGACCGAUCCUCAAUGAUCACAGUGGCCCGAGCUUUUGAUACGGGGGUCAAUCUGUCUGCAGACAGGAAGCAGGACUGGGAGGAGGCGAUCCACUGGUACGACAGCGCAUUGAACAUGAGCGACCACGACGAAGGCGGCGAGUUCGACGGCAUACAGGACGAGCCCCGUCACCUCCUGCUGGCCAGAGAGGCGGCCAUGUUCCAGGAGGGAGGCUUCAACCUCACGGCCGACCCGCAGAAAGCAGGAGACUUGUUUACAGAAGCAGCGGAGGCCGCCACGGAGGCCAUGAAGGGUCGCUUGGCCAACCAGUACUACAUGAAAGCCGAGGAGGCGUGGGCCAUGAUGGAGGAGUGAAUCUGCGUCCGGGUGCGCACUUUUAACACAAAGAGGAGUGACGUUUACAUAUUUUUAUAACACAUUUUUAGCUGGCGGUGCUUUGCAUGUUUCAGUCCUCCAUCUUCAUCAAGUUUCCUGUGCAAGAUUUUCUCUUCAAGUACCCAAUUUACCGUAUUUUCCGGACCAUAGGGCGCACCGGAUUAAAAGGCGCACUGUCGAUGAGCGGGUCUAGUCAGGUCUAUUUUCAUACAAAAGGCGCAUUAAAGGAGUCAUAUUAUGAUUUUUUUCUAAAUGUAAAAGACUUCCUUGCGGUCUACAUCAGUGUUUUUCAACCACUGUGCCGCGGCACACUAGUGUGCCGUGAGAUACAGUCUGGUGUGCCGUGGGAGAUGAUCUAAUUUCACCUAUUUGGGUUAAAAAUAUUAUUUGCAAACCAGUACUUAUAGUCUGCAAAUGAUGUGUUGUUGUUGAGUGUCGGUGCUGUCUAGAGCUCGGCAGAGUGACUGUGUAAUACUCUUCCAUAUCAGUAGGUGGCAGCAGGUAGCUAAUUGCUUUGUAGAUGUCGAAAACAGCGGGAGGCAGCGUACAGGUAAAAAAGGUGUCUAGUGCUUGAACGAAAAAUAAACAAAAGUUGAGUGGCCCAAAGAAAAGGCAUUGAAGCUUAGGGAAGGCUAUGCAGAACAAAACUAAAACUGAAUUGGCUAAAAAUUAAAAACAGAAUGCUGGACGACAGCAAAGACUUACUGUGGAGCAAAGACUAAGUACUUGCAUGGCAGCUCCCGCCAUCAGUGUGUGAAUGUGUGUGUGAAUGGGUG